GAGGCAAAAGGAGUACAUCAACCUUGCUCGCGACGAAGUGUUGGCCAAGAAGAGAUUGUUGAUAGCCAACAUGAACACACCCACAUCCGACAUGUUUGGAGGAGGCAUGCUUGGUGGAGGCAUGCCCAUGUUUGGAGGAGGCAUGCCGAUAUGGGAGACAUGGCUGGCAUGGGAUGCAUGCCCGCCAUAGGAGGCAUGGCCGGCAUGGGAGGGAUGCCCAUGUUUGGAGGAGGCAUGCUUGGUAUGGGAGGCAUGGCCGGCAUGGGAUGCAUGUCCUCCAUGGGAGGUAUGGCCGGCAUGGGAGGCAUGCCCACCAUGGCAGGCAUGGCCGGCAUGGGAGGCUUUGGAGGCAUGGCCGGCAUGGUAGGAACAACCUCAUCGCCCCAUGUAGCCGCAACCAGCCGCAGAUCAACCUCCCAGAGCUGCCUCCCCAGAUCCCGCCCUGGAUCCGCUCAAGGACCGAUCCAGCACAGCCUCCACGCGUGCGACGCAGGAGAGGAGGCCCGCCGCCGGCAACAGCCCCAUGCGCGCGCCGGCGGCGGCAAGGAGGGAGGGGAAGGAGAUGGGGCGAUGAGGUUGUGGCCGCUAGGCCUCCACCCGUGUGCAGUCGGUAGAGAUAUGCCAAGCCCGCAACGGAUGUCAACUUUUCUUAACUUUAUUCUUAGAUUUUGUACUCACAUGAUUUAUGCGUUCGUUGGGGUUGGAGAUAUACAUAUAAUACCCUUUUUCAUUCGUAUUUAGUCAUACUCUCUUAUUCUCAGUUGCAACGUACAUCCGCAUUUGAUCACAAUCGGUGUAUCAAUGCUAGCUAUGCUCAACUAAUGGUUGUUAUCCCUUAAAUCGCUGCAGAUGAAAUCAGCCCCUAUGAUGAUUUCUGACAUUACGGAAGACAAACUUGCAUUAUUAAAGUGUGGAGGACUUCCCAGAGUAAUAAUCGCUCUAUGUUGCUACAUUGUGAGCAAAAGAAGUAUGUGGGAGUUGUAUUAUGAUGGCUUCAUAGAUAUAUUGAAAAACAGUAUAUAUUGUGGUGAUCUUGAGGGUUUCUUUAUCUGGAUGCAGUCAUACUUUCGUUCUUGUCCGGAUUUCCUCAAGCCUUGUGUCUUUUACCUGCCAAUUUUUCCUCCAAACUACAACAUUCGGCGCAGGCGUCUAUUAAGGCGAUGGAUUGCAGAGGGCUACUGUAUGAGCACUAUUAGUGUUAUUGCUGAGACUAAUGCGGAGAAUUCCUUCAAGAAGCUCAUGAGCCUAAGCAUGAUCCAGGAGCCACCACAGGAAAUCAAUUUGCCAGGCUCGGGCAUAAAUUUCUGUCAAAUAAAUGGGUUCUUUCAUGAGUAUAUUAUGUCACAGCCAAAGGAAGAUAAUAUGGUGUUUGCACUUGGGAGGGAUAAUCAAAGCCAGCAGUACACAGGGCGACACCUUACCAUCAGGAGCAACUGGGACAGAUCACGAUUGUUUGAGAUUAUUGACUUCUCACGGCUACGAUCUUUGACAGUGUUUGGAGAGUGGAGGUCAUUCUUCAUCUCUAAGAAGAUGCAGAUGCUUCGGGUGCUUGAUCUGGAAGACACCACCUCAGAUGUAUCAGAUGAAGAUGUUGAGCAAAUAGUGGAUAUAAUGUCACGCCUCAAGUUCCUCUCCCUGCGAGGAUGCACUACUGUAUCCCGUUUGCCCACUUCAUUGGGCAAUCUGAAGCAGUUGGAGACUCUAGAUGUGAGACAUACCUCUAUAACCAUGCUGCCAGAGACCAUCACCAAGCUGCAAAAGCUCCAGUAUAUCCGUGCUGGCUCCACAGUUCCAUCAACAGAGUCACAGUCAAUACAGCCAGGAUCCUACAGGUUACCCAAGUUUCGCCGACACCAGUUUAUCAGCGCUCAUCUUGGUGUUAAGGUGCCCAGAGGGGUAGGGAAACUGACGGGUUUGGAUACUCUGGGUGUUGUCAAUGUUGCUGCCUCUGGGGGGAAUGCCUUCCUGAAAGAGGUCGAGAAUCUUAUCCAAUUGCGCAAGCUUGCAGUGUCCGGCAUCAACCGUCAGAACAUCGCGGUUUUAGUUUCUGCCAUCUCGGUUCACAGAGAUUGGGACUCUUUGUCAAUGCGUCUUGAUAAGGAUGAGAAAGGUGCCUUGUGUUGUGUGAAUGAUAUCUCCGAGCCUCAGGAGAUUCUCUUGAAGAGCCUUAAGAUUCACGGGGAUGUAGACAAUUUUCCAGCCUGGAUGAAGCUGUUUCUUUCUUCGGAAAAGUUGGAUCUUGAAGUGACCAUAUUAACGCAGGAGAUGAUUGAUACACUUGCACGUGGGCAUUUCAAAUGCCUACGACUUUGUGUCAAGCCAACUGAAGAUGGUGAGCACAAUUUUUCUAUCGAUCAUACUUCGGGAUUUUACUUCCUCCGGACCCUCGAGAUUGAUUGCAGCUCCACAUUCCUACUAGCUUUUGGGGAACGUGCACCGGAUAGGCUUGAGGUGCUGAAAGUUCACAGCUCUAGUGGGACGCAGAUUUCUGGGCUAGCGAACCUAGAGGGACUCCAGCUAGUCUGGCUUAUAGGUUCUUGUGACAACGCACUCAAGCAAGACGUGGAGCGCCAACUUGCACAGCAUCCAAAUGAGAUCAAACCUGUCUUGAGGCUGGAGAAUGUAUCUUCUCCCCAACUUGCAGAGCAUCCAAAUGAGAUCGAACCUGUCGUGAAUCUGGAGGAAGUAUCUUCUACCCAAGUUGCAGAGCAUCCAAAUGACAUCUAAAUGGGAUCAAACCUGUCGUGCAGCUCCAGAGAUUCAUUCUCAUCUUGAAGUUCUGACAUGCAUGCUUCCUUCUCAUUCCUGUGUAUCAAAAACUACCUCUACCUAGGGCUAGCAGUUUGCUGGGUUGGCUUCCCCAUUCUUUCCUUUGUUCAUUGUAGCACUAUUUCCUGAUGCUCUGUAUGCACAAGAACUGUCUGUUAAUGCUCAGAAGUACUACUGUUUGUAGUUUUUGUAAUAAUUUUAUAUCCCCGGGGAGUU